AUUGGCUGGUGUGUUGUGCAGCAAGGAGGGAAGUGUCGUGAUUGGCUGAGCGGUUUGUUGUCAGUGUGGGUCAGCAGAGAGCAGCUUCGUAUUUUAACUUUCCACGAGGCUUUGGGAUAAAUAACGAGACAGCCAUGCCAGCGUCGCCGAUGCGCAGGCGGCGAUCUGCGCGGCGGCUGCGGUCCGGCGUGCAGCAGGAGGAGGAGGAGGAGUGGUGCCCCGCUGCCACCUUUGCCUUUCCAGAGUCCCCGCCACUGUUGGAGCCGAAGAGGUCAGAGAAAAUGGUCACAACAGAAAAAAAGCUCCGGCGACAGACCAUGAUGCCGAGACAAGCCGCUGCCGCCGUUGCCUCCCCGACCCUAAGCCAGCGCCGCACACGUAGGCAGUCCAUGAUGCCGGUCAAGCUGCGCACCUCCCCGCCAGGCACCAAGGUCAAGGUCUCAAAGGCCAAACCAUCCGCCUUGCCCACGGUCAAGUCGAAACGGAAAUUGACGGAGGAAAUUUUGACUCUGGAGGAAUCACCGGUGUCGAAGAGAAGGCGUGUUGUCCCCAUCUCAAAGUCCAGCACUCAGGUGAAAACAGCAGCCUCACCAACACCCUCCAAGCAACACAAAUCCAUGAGUGCUCUCCCGGCACCCCGCAGCACACGCAAGGCUCAGAGUAAGACCGCAUCGCCGCGUACACCGCCUCUCGAGUCAUCACGCAGGAAGACACCAGCCAGGAAGCGAGCCUUGUCCCCUGCAAAGGCCACACCCUCGCCGCCGAAGAGGAGAGCCACGUCGCGUUCGAAAAGCGAGUCCCAGUUUGUCCGCGGGAAGUCCCUCACUCGGAGCCAGAAGAAGAAGACCACUGCACCGAAAAGCAAGUCCUCCGUCCAUAUCAAGUCCCCCAUCGCUAAGAAACUGGACCCCUCCCCUAAGAAGAAGUCGGAUAAGAAGCAAUCCGCAGCCUCUCUCAAGCGUUCACCAAAGUCCCCGGCCUCCCCCGCCAGAAAGAAGGCAACCUCGGCAACCACUCCAAAGAAAACGGGGAAGACGGGACUGAAGAAAAUGGCAUCCUCCUCUACAGCGACACCUCCCGCACCACCACCGCCGAAAAGUGCCAAGAAGUCCCAGAAGAAGGCCAGCAAAACAGCACUCAAGGAGACAGUACAAAGCCCCUCUAAGACACCAGCUAGCAAGAAAAAGACUCCGACACCCAAGACUCCGACAGCAAAGUCUCCACCAAGCAAAAAGAAAACUCCCGCCAAGACUCCUGAUGCAAAAUCCCCAGCGAGCAAGAAAAAAACUCCUUCCGCUUCCGCUAAAACUCCGCCCACUAAAAAAACACCCACAACCAAAACCCCAAAGAAGACCCCCACUGCAAAAUCUCCGCCCAGCCAGAAAAAGUCGCAGAAGAAGACACCCACAGUGGUCACAAAGAAAGUCAAAUCGCCCCCCAUUAGCACGAAGAAACGCUCUCUCUCCUCUGCCAAGGUUGCAUCCCCCAAAUCCCCGUCUCCGCAGAAGCGCCGACUCGUGCGCUCGACGGCCAAGAGCCACAUGAGCGACAUCAAGACGAAGAGCUUGAGGGUGGUGCUGCAUGGGAUCAGUCCGCCCUCCUCCUUGGCCUCCUUCAGGAAAACCCCGUCGUCCAAGAGAGCUCCCGAUGCCACGCCUCCUAAAGAUCUCGGAGAGUCGCCCGACCUGCCAUCAGCGCGUAAACAGCUCAAGAGGAUAAGGGACAACAUCGCCUUCGCCCACGAGCGCCGCCACAGUGCCAGCGCCACGCCACGCAAGUCCCUCUCGCGCACCGCCAACAAGUCUGCCGCCAAGCCGACCCUGGGCAAGGUGGUGACGCAGGCCGACAUCCACGCCACGGCCACCGACAAGUGUGACUCCGACGGCACCCUGGCGAACCACUGUGACUCCUCCUCUGUACAGGACUCCACACCCUCCGCUCGGCCCCCGCUGCCGGCCACACCCAAGUCCUCCAGAGGCACUAACGUCAGGGUGUGUCACUUCAGCAGCAGGAUUGCCAGCAGCGCCUCGGUUCAGCGUCUCACCCGGGGAUCGGCACCACACAGCAGCACACCCAUCAAGGGGAGCGCAGAGGACAGCACCAUCCUGUCCGAGUCCAUGGAUGACAGUGUGGACGGCAGGAGGGCGGACACCAGCUCGGAGGGCAUGAACGGCGUGGAGGAGGACACCAGCAUGGACGAGAGUGUGGAGACGCAGGAGGCCGAGUCCACCACUCCAAGUCGCAAGAGUUACUGUAGUCUCAUGUAGUGUUAGAAUGACCUAUUUUUAGUCUGUUCUGGUGUUUGCCAUUGCCAGGUGUACCUUUGCAUAGUAUAUUUUAUCUAAUAUAGAAAGUUCUUAUAUUUAUUGAGUGAAGAAAAGACUAUUCUUAAAUUAUUUUUAUGGGAAUAUAAAGCUGUGGUUUUAUGCGAGGUACUCUGGGACCUCCCUCCACUGUGGCACUCCUGCAAGGACUGUUGGUCUGCUGACUGGCCUGUACCUGGGGCUGAGAGUGCUGUGGCCUGUGCAGGGACCUGUUCAGCCUCUUCCCUGUGAAUAUGGGAGCUAGGCAGGCUGUGUCCUUGCCCCAGCAUUUUUAAGUACUUAUGUAAACUGGGUAUUAGGCAGAGUUGUGGACCAGCCAUUGUGGAGCCUCUGUUGACAAUGCCAGGGUCACAGACCUUUGAUUUUGAUGAUGAUGCAGUAAUCCUCACUGCAUGGGCUUGUGGCAUGCUGCCCAGAAGCCAACUCUGCUCACAGGGAUUUAUCUGCGUAAUUAGUGGAGGAGGAGGCCAAGGGGUACCCAUGAAGCUCGUAGCUUUAGCAAGUCGCUGGAUCCUCCUGGAAAGUACCUGAUGUGGUAUAAACCCUUACAUGGAGGCCUGCUUGGGAGGACAGCCGGGAGUGGCGUCGCAGGGUGGGUGAGGCAACGUGACCCCGGUGCAUGCUCCCAUCAGUUGAUUGGUUGAACGGUUUUAAGUUAAGCAGACUGCAUGUGUGUCUUAUGUACUGUAGGAAGUGAACAAAGUGGCCUGGCUGCCACCUCUGGAUAGUUCAAAACCUGUGUUGUAAGGAUUGACUUCUCUCUCAUGACUUGUUGUACCUAAGCAUCUCGUCCACAUUCCUUCCGUUGCAUCAUUGAAGCUGACAUGUUGUUUUUAGGUCUUUUUGAUCUUCGCAAGUGCACUUAUGUGUUAGCAGCCCUGUUGGUAGUCCAGCAGCUGACCUUGCAAACACAAGUACAAAAAUGUGCAGUGACUUUUUAAGUAAAGAUUGUUACAUUUGC